GGCGGAGAGAAGCUGAGGAGGGACGCCACGGCACCGCAGGCACACCGGCGAGGCUACGGCUACAGCGGGUCUUUGCACAGGACGAUACACGUCAAGAGCACAGGACACUCCCGGGGGUCCCCCCCGAUAGCCGUAGAAGAGGAGGUGGAAGGAAGGGGAGGGGGCAGUUACUCUGAAACUACCGUGAGGAUUACAGAGAGCCGCCGCUACAGCAGCUUUCUCCCAGAAGUUCACCUAGAGAAGACGCCAUGCUGAUGUCCUGAGCUGAGGGAGCCCCGAUUUUAUCCUCAAGCCGUCAUUCGUCUCCAUUUGUUAUUCCAUACCUGGUCCUCUCUCCAUCAGUCACCGAGCUCCAACAGCAUCCACCGUCACCUCCUGUCCAGCCUGCCGUCACCAUGACGUCGGAGCUGGAGAGUAGCCUGACCUCCAUGGAUUGGCUUCCUCAGCUGACCAUGCAGGCGGCCAUCCGCAAAGCGGACGCCCAGAAUGCCCACGGGCCUGGCAUGGGCAAGAAAAGUGCCCUACUGGAUCCUAACACCACGCUGGACCAGGAGGAGGUGCAGCAGCACAAGGAUGGCAAGCCGCCCUACAGUUACGCCAGCCUCAUCACGUUUGCUAUCAACAGCUCGCCAAAGAAGAAGAUGACACUGAGCGAGAUCUAUCAGUGGAUCUGUGAUAACUUUCCUUACUACAGGGAGGCGGGCAGUGGCUGGAAGAACUCAAUACGGCACAAUCUGUCAUUGAACAAGUGUUUUCUCAAAGUGCCUCGCUCCAAAGAUGACCCAGGAAAGGGCUCUUACUGGGCCAUCGACACCAACCCAAAGGAGGACGCCUUGCCCACACGGCCAAAGAAGAGGCCACGGUCUGGAGAGCGGGCUUCUACGCCGUACAGCCUGGAGUCGGAGUCUUUGGGGAUGGAGUGUAUGAUCUCUGGAAGUGCCUCUCCAACGCUGGCAAUCAACACUGUGACUAACAAGGUGGCGUUGUAUAACACAGACCAGGAAGGGAGCGAUAGUCCGAGAAGCAGCCUUAACAACAGCCUGUCUGAUCAGAGUCUGGCCUCCGUCAAUCUCAACAGCGUGGGCAGCGUGCACAGCUAUACACCGGUGACCAGUCACCCAGAACCCGUGUCCCAGUCUAUGAGCCUCCAGCAGCCCCCCCAGUCCCAGUACAACAUGCCAGACCGGGACAAGCAGCUCCUGUUCUCUGAAUUUGAAGAUCUCAGUGCCUCCUUCCGCAGCCUUUACAAGUCUGUUUUUGAGCAGUCCUUCAGCCAACAAGGUCUGAUGGGAAUACCGUCAGAAUCCUCCCAGCAGACCCACACCUCCUGCUCCUAUCAGCACUCCCCCAGUGGCACCAUUAGCACUCAGAACAGCCUGUCAAACAACCAACCCAACAGCCACCCCAACAGCCACUCUGCCAACAGUGGCCAGGUGCCCCUGUCUCAUCCUGCCCAAGCCCACCCUGGCCACGGCUCACCCCACGCACAGCACCUCCCGCAGCACGGUGGCCCCCACAACCAACACAACCAACACAGCCAACACGCCCAGCACAGCCAACACAGUCAGCACCAACAGCACCCACAGCACUCCCAACACCCGCAGCACGCUGCACACCCCCAGCACGGGCAGCACCCAUCGCAGCACCCAUCCCACGGCCAGCACCCACAGCAGCACACACCACACCCCUCCCAACACACGCAGCACAGCCAGCAUCCUUCUCAACACGGACAGCAGCAUCAGAGCCUCUCCCUCCAGCCCCAUCCUACCCAGCAACAGAUGGCCUGCAACACAGGUUUACUGUCUGACUGGUACCCAAAUCUGGAUGCACUGAAAGAAAGCUGUCGUAUUGCUAGCAGCUAUAACUGGGCUGAUGUCGACCUUUCACCUUUCCAAGGAUUGAGAGAAAGUAUGAGACAAGCAGAGUUGAACAACUGGUCCCUGGAGCCCACCCAGAUAGCGGACCUCUGCUCGUCCAUCAACCAGUUUUUUGCCCGCACCGGUGUAAUCCAGCCACAAGGGGCAGUGCAGUCUCCUGUUUGUCAUGGCUCCAUGCACCCCAACAAACCCAGCCAGCACCUCAACACAGGAAAUCUCUACAUGGACUCCAGACAGAGCAUGUCCAUGAUGGGUCCUCCAGGAUAUCCCCACAUGCCCCCCAUGAGCAGCGCAGGACCCACUAUGACAGGGCACCAUGCACAGAUGAACCAGCAGCACAUGAUAGCUACCAGAAACUUCCAGAUGCAUCGUAUGCCAGCCGACGACAUCCAGGAUGAUUUUGAUUGGGACUCCAUUGUUUAGCCCCUUAGACGUCCUUUUGCAAAGAAAAGGGAGCGAGGAGAGGAGGUGGAAGCCAGAGGAAGCCAGGCUGAGCUGAAAGGCCACAGGAGGAGGAGGAAGAGGAGGCCACUGUGGGUGGGAUGCAGAAGAACAUUUGACAAGCUUUGGAGAGAGACAGACUUCAAGGUCCUGACAUUUUUACAAAAGCAAAACAUAACUAGAAAAUGUUACUUUGAAGACAAUCAUAUUUAGUCGGACAUGUUAAAGUGAUUGCUUAUGUACUUGUCUAGAGACAAGUAGAACACAUUCACAUUUAAACCACAUGCUCCUCAGCCAGCCCUCUCCCCAUCCCUAGCCAGCAGCCUUCCAAAGUCCGAAACCCUCUCCCCCUCCGCCCCCCUGCUCCGUAACUGUUAUGUGAUUUGAGCGACGUGUUCAGCUUGUAAUUCUUCUCGUGUUGACAUUGGCCUCAGCUGCCUCGUGGAUGAGUUAAUCUCUCUUUUUAACAUUUUGUUUGUUUGUUUGUUUUUAUUUUUGUUUUUAAGAAACACAGGCCGUCUCUGUGAGUAAUGUGAUGGUGCUCGAUGGUCACUUUUGGGAGAAAGUGGGCCCCACUGUGGCUGAAUUGGUGGUAAAGUUAGGUUUACAAUAACAGUGGUAUUGAACAGGGUGUUAAAUGUUUAAGCAGGAUUGAUAUUAAACUGGGAGUGAGAGAGUGAGAGAGAGAGAGAGAGAGAGAGAGAGAAAACAUCACAGAAAGCAUCGUAGCCAACCAAUGUGAUCAGGCAACAGACUUGUUAUGGGAGUACAGCAACUUUUCUUUUUUUCGUAGUUCUCUGUCUCAAGCACUUAAAGAUGAGUGAAUAUGAUGAGUGUGAGUGGAGGUGAUAGUAGGGAAGUCAGAUAUGUUUUUUUUGUCGUUUUAAACUAAUUCAACCCAAAGUAACCUACGGUUUGUUCUGUGUGUGUAUCAUGUAGGUUGGUAUUUACUCCACCAAUCAGACUUUGUUAAAAACUUGAAAAGUACACAUUUUCAAGCACGUUUUAAGGGCGAAGUUAAUUAUUUUUACAUUAGCAGCCUAUUGAUAAUUGGAGGAAUGACUUAACAUUUAGGAAAUAUGCUCAUUUGCCUUCUUUCCACGGGUGAUAUAAUAAGAUUGAUACCACUGGCAUUAUGCAUGAGUAUGGAGGUGAUUAGCCUAGCUUAGCAUGAAGAUUGGAAGCAGGAGGAAGCAGCUAGCCUGUUCAAAAAUACAUCUACCAGCACUACAUUUGUGGAGGGAUUGAAUAAAUGAGGUAGUUGUUUAUUAGUGAGGUGCUGGAAGAUGUACUUUUGAACUUUUGACCGAGUCGGGCUAGCGGUUUCCCUACUGCUUUCAAUCUUUAUGCUAAGCUAAUCGCCUCCCGGCUACAUAGUCAAAGGGGAACUCGGAAGUCUGUCUACAGGUCUUGAGGAGUACUAUUGCAUAUGUGAAAAGGUAAUAUAAAGUGUUUUGUGAUCCAGAGGGAGGUGUGAGGUUACCAGUGGCUCAAGGCUACAUUAACAUCUUUUAAAAUAAGAAUCCAAAUCUAUGGACUAGGCACCAGGUUUUAACAAGAGAGAUACAUGAAACAAAAAAUAUGUUUCUGUUCUCCUUCAUCCAUUUUG